UCGCCCGUGGCGGACGCUGUCAGGGCUGUCAGGCUCCCGGACGGGGAGGGCUGCCGGGACGCCCGAGGCCGCGAGAAGCCGCCCUGGCCCGUACUCUUCUUUGGCACCGACCGGUUCGUCCGCGAGGCGCUGCGCGCGCUGCUCGCGACCAGGGAAAACAAAGAGGAAGACUUCACUGAAAAACUGAAAGUGGUCACAGUGCCUUCCCCGUCACCAAAAGGACUGCCAGUGAAGCAAUACGCUGUUCAGUCUCAGCUUCCAGUCUAUGUGUGGCCGGAUGUGGGAUCUGGGGAAUAUGAUGUUGGAGUCGUAGCUUCGUUUGACCAACUGUUGGGUGAGGCUCUUAUUCUUAAAUUUCCCUAA